AUGCAUGAAAAAGAUAGAUCUUUAUUAUUGAAAAUACAUGAAUUUUUCGGAGGUAUAGGACUUGUAUCCAAACCCAAUAAGAAUUCUACAGUGGAAUUUAGGGUUCAUUCUAUUAAGGAUAUAACUAAUGUAAUUAUACCGCACUUUGAUAAUUAUCCCUUAUUAACUAAAAAAUAUUCCGAUUGUAUGCUUUUUAAAAAUGUUAUUAAUUUAAUGUUAGAAAAACAGCAUACUAAUCUAGAGGGAAUACAAAAAAUAAUUAAUACAAGGGCAUCUAUGAAUGGAGCUGGAUUUUCAACAGGAGAAUCUAAUUUUUUUAUUGCUAUUAAUAAAUCUAAGACAACAGACAAUAUAUAUGCUUCAUUACGUUUUUCUAUUGCUCAAGAUUUAAGAGAUGUAGAUUUAUUAGAGAGUUUUGUAGACUUCUUUAAAUGCGGAUAUGUAGUUAGAUAUGAAAAGCGUUCAAUAGCUGAGUUUGUAGUUACAAGAAUUGAUGAUAUAAUUAACCAUGUAUUACCUUUUUUUGAAGAAUAUAGUAUUGCAGGAUCAAAGUACUCAAAUUAUUGUUCUUUUAAAAUAGCUGCUUUUAUGGUUAAAAAUAAAGAACAUUUAAAAGAAGAUGGUAAUGACUCGUUGUAUGGUAAAAACGGUUUGUAUGAAGAAAUGAAAUAG